AUGGCGGCGGCUUUUAUUCGUCCUUACAAGUCCUCAGACUUUGCUGCAACCGCACACAUUUGCCGAGCGACCCUGCCCCCAACCCUGGCGGCGUCGGAGCCAGCCACCCGCCUCGCGCCGUACAUCUGGACGCACCAGUACACGCUGCUCUCCCCAGCGACCUGCUUCGUCCUGGACGACGGCUCCGGCGCGGCGGUGGGCUACGUCAUCGGCUGCGCGGACGUGUUCGCCCUCGCGGACGCGUACCCGCGCUACAUAAGCGAAAUCCUCGCCCCCGCGGAGACCUCGGGCGUGCCCGUGCCGAAGCAGCUCGCGCGCCUGGAGCCGUGGCUCGUGCCUGGUGAUGGCGGCAAGGGGGGGAUCAACGAGGAGUGCCUCGCGCAGAUGGCGCAUAGUCCGCGGUGGUUGUUGCUUGAGGGGGUGCAGGGCAAGGCGGAGCUUGUGAGGGAUUUCAGGGCCACGAUGCAUAUUGAUUUGCUGGAGGGGUGGCAAGGGAAGGGGUGGGGGAGGAAGAUGAUUGAGAGGUUCAUGGCGAGCGUGAAGGAUGGUGUUGAAGGGGUGACCAUGUUCCUGACAUAUCGCAAGAAAUCGAAUCGUCCUCUGCUGUAG